AUGGACGACACAAAUAUUCCUACGAUUUCAGGUGACGAUGAGAUUUCGGGUCAUUACAGCCUUGAGGACUCCACGGACCUUGCGGACCGUUUGAGAUUUUCUUUUGUCGAAGGCGCAGAUGAUCAUCAGAUAUUCCUACCGUUCUUAAGCUUGUCGCGAAUCUUGACCAAGACGCGCAUUGAGGCCCAUCUAAAGAAACAGUACGGAGAUCUUGCAUCACAAUAUGCAGAUCAAAUUGGGCCGCUAUAUGCUGACGAGGCUGACGUACCCAAGGAUAGGCCUUUUCCAAUGUCUUUAGGUGAACACACGUACCUGAGGAUUUUUGCAAUUCUGGUCAUGAUUGAAAAAGAGGGGGAAGUUCACAGAUUUCUCCAGCAUCGAGUCUGUGACGGUGACCUUCCCCUUACUUUGGAUAUAAGAAAGAAUGCUGUAUUUCGAAAGGGAGGUGAUGAAGAUCCCCUUGGCUGCUUCAGAAGAUUCCGUCCCUAUCAAUUGGAGUCUUUUGACCUGUUGCAAUGGAGGUUCACAACCCCUUUCUUUCAUGCUCCUACAGACAAUAACCGGAUAUUUUAUCACGAUUUCCACCGGAGAACAAUCUUGCCUUGGUGUCGUCUCGAUGAGUCUGGGGUUGGGCUGGAGAAACUUGGCCGAAAUAUAAUCCAAGGUGCUUAUGCAACAAUUAAACCUAUCGUGAUCGACAAAUCGUCUCACGAUUUUGACAAGGUCCUCCAAGGGGUGAAAUCUGCCGCAAAAAGUGUUUUUGCACUCAAGACACUUAGAGUUGAGGACCGUUAUGAAUACGACAACGAAGUUGAGGGACUUCAACGAUUCAACGGUGUAGGCCAUCGGCAUAUCAUUCAACUAAUGGCGACCUUUGAGCUACAUGAUAGAUAUCACAUGAUAUUACCGUGGGCUUCUUGCAAUCUCUACGAUUUCUGGAAAUCUGACCCUUUUCCAAAGACUGGAAAACGAGAUCUCGACGUCAUCCGUUGGAUGUCUACACAAACUCUCGGUUUGCUUUCGGCCUUGGAUGCUAUUCACAAUCCCCAAGGCGCACAGUUUUAUGGCCGGCAUGGGGACAUUAAGCCCGAGAACAUCCUUUGGUUCGAAAUGGAUGAUGAACCUCAUGGCUUACUUGUUCUGGCAGAUCUUGGGCUUACCAGAUUUCACCGGGAGCGUAGCAGGUCUUGGACAAGAAACACUAACGUCAUGGGUUACACGGUCACCUAUGCGCCUCCGGAGUUGGAUAUUCAGGAUGGAUUUAUGUCGAGAUCUUCUGAUACAUGGUCUUUCGGUUGUGUUCUACUUGAGAUGGUCUGCUGGCUCGUAGGGGGCUGGGACCUUUGUGAGGUAUUCUCAUAUGCUCGACUGACAGAGGACGCUUCGGGUCUCCUGAAAACUGAUAAGUUUUUUGCAAUUACCAAAGGAGAGGACGAUGUGUUGCACCGGUUUACAGUCAAGCCACAAGUAUUAGAUUUCAUCCAAAGGCUUGAUCAUCACGAGUCAUGCACAAACUACGUUCAUGAUAUUCUGGACAUCAUCGAGAAAUACAUGGUUGUUGUACAAACGAAUGAUGUGAAAAGAGCCUCCACAAGCGAGCUGCUCGAGAAAUUUAAAGCUGUCGACCAGAGAGUCCAGGAUGAUGCGAAGAGGGACUACAUCGCGAAGCCUACGCCUGGCCCCCGCAAAACACAAACCAAAGCGCUUGCCAUAGUCGAGGCACAUGUGGUCGAGAGAAAAUACACAUAUUCACGCGAUAGUCGGUUAAGACUUACGCAAAGGUUCGCAGACCGUAGCCGCCAGAGUCAGCGUCAAUCUAUACGAAUCCGGCAGAUUGACGACGCUGGCCUGGUCAACAGAGAGCCGCAUUUGAUGAUGGGCAGAAAGAAGGAAUUCCCACCUGAAAGGCUCUUAAAUGCUGACAAGAAUAGUGACUUAGCGGCUGCACAGAUGAUUGAAGCGAAGGUCUUGGACGUCUUGGACGAUAUUUUUGAUGACACCUUGGUCAAGUUUCUGGUUCGAUGGCAGGUUCCAGUUUGCGUACAGGAAGAACUCGACGGCAGCACCGAUCUUGGCCCAAUCCUCACUAUAACAGGAACUUCUUCAAAUUCCUUGGCGAUUUGCUGCCGGGAAUAUGUUUCAGAAACCUGGAAAGAUAACGGUACAGUCUUUCUGGAAGAUCUAGAAACAUUUCUCGCCCAAAAACUUCCUUCGAUAGCCACCCAAGUUCCGAAAGAACCUACAGUCAACCGGCCAUUGUUCAUGAGCGGGGACUCUGAAGAUACUGCAGUAGUGCUCUUCAAAGGAUCUCGCACUCAGAUAUCAAUUUUCUCACAGUUUCUUUGCUGGAUCGUAGCGACCUUCCGACUGCCCGAGCCGAAAAUGACUACCAGUUCUUCGGUCAGCUUCCUACAUGUACCAAGUGUCAAGUAUAACGUCUACGAGUUUCAUAUUUCACUGGAAGAGCUGAAACCUCUAGAUCACGGCACAUCCGGGACGUGUUGGACCCCUCUAUUUCCUUCCACGGUCAUGGCCGAGGGUUUUGAGGUUCCAGUUCACCCAGGGGUCUUUGGCUUGCAGAUGCCCUUUGAUGCGAUGCUUGAACUGGCUGAGAUAGUUUGUGAUGUCAGCCUAGAGGAUGAUAAGGGCACUGCAACUGGUAUCUACCUCUAUGGCAUCUCCUUUUUCCUCUACCCAACCUCUUACAAAACGCAUCCCGGUCAUCAGCCGGUCAUCCAAUGGCAUUUGAAAGAGAAGACCUUGGAUGACGAUGGAGAUCGAGACCCAGCCAUCCCCCCCGACAGAGAUGGCGGUCCGCUGUGGAUCAGAAUUCCGGUCUAUGAGACUCUGAGAACAUCAAUUACAGUUUUGGGAUACUGUGAUAAGGCUCUGGUGCAGUUGGGUACCGAGUCCCGCCGAAAAUAUCACAACGAGCCACAAUACUCACAUGCAGAGGUCGAAAGACCCAACAUUGAGGCAUCUUUGAACUCACUUACUCUAGGCUCUAGCGCAGGAGGUGCUAAAGCCGAGGGCACCAUAGGUUUCAAAAUGAGGAAAGGCCAUUGGCGCGAGCUUGAAGAGAAGAAGGAAUUAAGCUACAAACAAGUCCUGCGGAUCUCACAGAAUAAGCCAGUCAUCAUCUAUGACACUCAGCGUCAGAACGAACGCGCCUGGAUGGUCUCCGAAUUAUCGAUGAUCCUCGAGUUGUUCAACAUUUGGGCCCAGCAGGAAGGCUUACGAGGCAUUCAGUAUGCUACUGCGAGUGCUGACGGAGGCGCUGCUGCAUUUAACGUCCUCGCCAACCGAAGUUAUUCGGAGCGUACUGCUAUUGAGAAGAUGGCUGCUGAGGAUACUUCAGACAUCAAAAUCUCAGGUAUUAUCAAGAGGCUAUAUGGCCGAAUCCACAAGACGAGGAUCAUCAAUACGGGCAGUGACGAAGGUGCCCCUGGAACGUUGUCGCUAGGUCGGUGCACCAUCAAAGGGUGGGACUGGCUUGAACUUGUCGAUGGGUUUGAAAGGGCUACGAGCCAGCGGAGAGAAGUGUAUGCUUCCCGGAUAUUCGGCUCUCAGCCCUGUUGGCUGCCCUUCACAAAGUUCAUCCCCGUCUUCUUCGCAAACGAGGUUGGGGACCUGAUUGUCCCGGAGCAGCCUGGCCAGGUGUGCCGGCAAUGGUCUCCUCUUCCUGGGGGGCGCAACAGUCUCUACCUUGCUGCCACAGAGAGUGGAAAAGAGUAG